AACAACGGUGCCUUUUGGAUGGUGGUUGUAUAAAUAAAAAGCUUUUAGCUGUUCUACCGUGUCUUGGUGUUGCUCAAAUACUUUCAAACUAAUCCCAGAAAUGUCACAAAUACUUAGCCCUAGCUUGGGUUUAUCAAGUGUGGUUGAGCCUAUAAAUCAACAACAACACUCCAGUAAUAUAGGGGUUUCACAUGGUCAAGCUGAUCUCAACACAGUUGAAUCUAAUGAAAAUGAAGACGAUAACAAUGAAGAAAAUGGAGAAACAAAGUUCAACUGCCCACAUUGUGAUCAUAAAUUUACAAGAAAGCAUAACUUAAAAUCACAUUUAUUGAUUCAUACAAAGGAAAAACCAUUUAGUUGUUCCAUUUGUUCAUCAAAAUUCAGAAGAUUACACGAUUUGAAAAGACAUGAAAAAUUACAUACUGGUGAGAAACCAUAUCAAUGUAAAAAUUGUGGUCGUAAAUUUGCUCGUUGUGAUGCUUUAGUUCGUCAUAACAACAGUCAAAGUGGGUGUACUUUAUUAGUUGAUGAUGCUAUUUUGAAAAGUCGGUUAGCUGAAGAUACCAAUACACCGCAACAUCGCUCAAGAGCUUCAUCAAUAUCAAGUCAAGUGUCAUCAGCAAAUCUAAGUGCUGAAAAACAACAAGCUCAUGAAAUUAAUCAAUGGAGAUUAAACAAUCAAUUACCUUCAAUAAAUAGAUUAACACCACUAAUUAACCCAAUAGCUGAAGAAGAAUCACAUACUCAAUCUGAGAAAACGAAUACAACAGCUAUCAAUGAUGAUGAAUUAAGAAAAAACAAUCAUGAUUUGUUACCAUAUGUUAGAUUAUUAGAAUCUAGAGUGGCUAGUCUUGAGACAAAAUUAUCAGCUACAGAGACAAAAUUGGCACAGUUGACUUAUACAGUGCACAACGGUGCUAGUUUACAUCAACAACAAAAGAGUUUCAACGCUGGUCAUAAUGAAUAAAGGUUUUUUAAUGAGAUAAAUAUAUACGUUUUAU